AUGCCGCCUUCACUACAAAUCGAUCUGCCUGGCGAUGGCAGCACAUCAAUCGGGGCUUAUGAGUUGGGCGUCGCGGCAGGCAUAGUCUUCAUCCUUUGGCGUGUUGGCACUGUCAUCUACCGCCUAUACUUUCACCCCUUGGCCAAAUACCCAGGCCCGAAGAUCUACGCAGCAUCCAACAUACCUUUCCAAUGGGGGACCAACAUAGGCGGCAAAUUGACGGUCGAAUCAAGACACCUGCAUGAAAAAUACGGCCCAAUUGUUCGCGUAGGACCAAACCAUCUGUCAGCGGACGGCUCUAUUGCCUGGCCACAAAUAUUCCAACACCGACCUGGCAAGACCGAAUGGCCCAAACAAGUAGGGUUCUACCACCCAGGCGACGAGAAGAGCCUAAUCGGUGGGACCCAUGAGCACCACAAGCGAUUGCGGCGCCAGCUCAACCACGCUUUCAGCACUGAGAGCAUGUACGAGCAAGAGCCUAUCGUAAUGAAGUACCUUGAUCUAUGGACCUCCAAGCUGAGCCAGAAAGCCCAGUCCGGCGAGAUCUUCAACAUAAUCCCAUGGUUCAACUUUCUGUCCUUCGACAUCAUCGGCGAUCUCGUGUUCGCGGAGAGUUUUGGAUGUAUCGAAAAGGGUGAUUACCACCCCUGGGUUGCCAACGUCUUCGAGAGUGUCCCGGCCGGAGGCUUCUACCGUGUCACCAAGCAGUUUCCCUGGCUCGGCCCGAUCUUGAGGAACCUUGGCAGCUCAGCAGAGUCCUUGAAGAGGGACGCAGAGGGGAGGCAGUUCGCGAGCGAGAAGGCCCUGGCGAGAAAGGCUCAGGGUGAGAGCCCCGGCGGCCGUAGGGACUUUAUGACCUACAUGCUCCGAAAGAACCGCGACGGGCAGCCGGGUUUCGCGGACCAAGACCUGGCCCUCAACAUGCCCACGAUUAUCACGGCAGGAAGCGAGACCACGGCAACCGCCAUGUCAGGACUGACGUGGCACCUUUCACAGCCUCAGUUCCGCCACCACUAUGACAGACUGGUUGCCGAGAUUCGGGGUGCAUUCGCCAGCGAAAGCGAGAUCGAUAUGAAGACCACAGCCCGCCUGCCAUACCUGAUGGCCACGAUUGACGAGAUCCUCAGGAUGUACCCACCUGCGGCGCAGGUCCCUCCGAGAAUCAGCCCUGGCGCGGAGCUCGAGGGCGAGCAUAUUCCCAAGGGGACUGCUGUCACUGUCUUCCAGUGGGCGACAUAUCACAACCCGGACAACUUCCACGACCCAGACAACUUCCGCCCUGAGAGAUGGUUGCCUGAAAGCCAUGAGCUUUACGAAUCCGUCUUUGCCAACGACAACAAGAAAGUCUUGCACCCUUUCAGCUUCGGCACCCGAGACUGCGUGGGCAAGAACCUAGCUCUAUCUGAGCUCAGGGUCAUCAUCUCACGACUGCUAUACCGCUUUGACGUUGAGCUUCAGCCUGGGCACGAGGACUGGAUGAAAAACGCUCGCACCUGCGUCGUCUGGAUCAAAGACCCGCUGAAUGUCAAACUCACCGAGAGGAAGCUUAUCCCGAGCGUUUAG